UUCCUAACCUCUCAACCUAAGUUCUUGUCUUUUCAUCAACAACAUCAACCUCAGACACGACCCAGAGUAACCCAUCCAACACCACCACCUUCCAUACCCUCCCCAAAUCACCAUGUCAACAUCCCCCAAAAAAGGCUACCUCGUCGUCUUCUCCCGCCCUACCCAUCCUUCGUUCUCCACCUCCCACGACACUUUCAACAAAUGGUACAACGAAGUCCACAUCCCCGACAUUCUUCGCCUCGGCCGCUCUGACGGCUUUACUUCUGCCUUUCGCUAUGCCCGCGCUGGGUUCGAUCCUUCUAAUCCUUCCUCCUUUGCCUCCUCCUCUGCUGCGGGCACUACAGCAAACGAAGUGACCUACCCCAAGAACGAAAAGUGGCUUUAUCUGGCCAUGUACCCCGUUCCGGACGUGGCAAAGGCCAGUAGGCCCGAGAGCGGGCUGUAUAAGGCGCCGUUGGUGCAUGAGAUGUUGCCUGGUGGGGGAAAUGCGAUGGAGGUAGCGAAGUGGGAACUGGGGUUUUGGGAGGUUGUUGGUGAAAAGGAAAGUGACUCUUCCAAAGACACAGACGUAAUCCUUGUGCCUGUCGACUCCUCUGAUAUCCCCGGCUACGACGUUCCCGGCGCCCACCCGUCUGCUCUCCUCGACUACUCCCGCAAGGGCUGGGAAGGCUCAGAUCCGGUCCGGUCGAGACUGCUCAAGUACACUGCUCCUGCAUAUAACUGUUGUGAUGGUACUGGUAUCAAGCAGUAUUUGGCUGUGCACGAAGUGGAACCGAACACGGAACAGACCCUCAAGCCCGAGUUCAAGACGGUCAAGUAUAAGCUUUAUAAGAAGUUUGGGGUUUGAGAGUUCAUCAGUUCUGGUUCACUUGGGGAAGGAGAUAUGUGGAGACUUAGGUAUACGCCUAGUCCUGAACUUGUGAAGUGGUACACUGCCCUAUAUGGCGUGAG